AGCACUUCCGUUGUGGAGUACACGUGAGAGCACGCUGACAACAGACAUAUUUUUUCAUUACACCGGAAAAUAAAUCCAUUUUGCGUUCUUAAAGGGUAGGACUCGCUGUUUUUAUGUUUAGUUUGCAAUGUAAUAAGCUUUGUUAGCAUUUUUAUUAUAAAACAACAAAAAGUUGUGAAAGUAACGCCGGUUUCACACCGCAUGCGUAGCAGCGCGUGAGCGUAGCGUGAGCAGCGCGUGAGCAGAGCGUUUGCUGCUCGCAGCCAUUUUUCUUUCACACCGGUAGCGUUUGCAGCACGCAGCUAACACACAGCUUUUUUCAGAAUGGUCCCAGUUGUAGAUAGAAGAAAGGCAAUUGCGCUGUACAUGUUACUACGAAGGUUGAGAAGGAAGACGAGACGCAGAUUAUGGGUUCACCCAGCAAACCUUCGCAGGAGAGAAUAUGGUGCUUAUUUCCAUCUUGUGUCUGAAUUGCGGCUCGACAGUGAUCGCCACCUGAAGUACUUCAGAAUGAGUGCAGAGCAGUUGGAUCAUAUUCUCUCCCUAAUCGGAGCCAAACUUACGAGGCAAACAACUAACUACCGGAGGUCCAUAGAACCUAAGCAACGUCUUGCUGUUACAAUACGAUAUCUUGCAACUGGGGAGAGUUUUACCAGCCUGGCAUUCCAGUAUCGAUUAGGGAUAAGCACCGUGUCUCAGUCUGUAUAUAUGACGUGCAAAGCCAUUGAGAGUGAAAUGAUGGCAUCCCAGUUCCCUAGACCAACAGGGGAAAUGUGGAAAACUAUUGCCUCAAAUUUUUGGGAAAAAUGGAAUUUCCCAAACUGCCUAGGAGCUAUUGAUGGGAAACAUGUUACCAUUGUAUCACCUGCACAUUCUGGAAGCAUGUUUUUCAACUAUAAGAGGACCUUUUCUAUUGUCCUCCUAGCGCUGGCAGAUGCAGACUACAAGUUUACAUUUGUUCAGGUUGGUGACUUCGGCAGAACAAGUGAUGGAGGUGUGUACAGUGGUUCUGCUCUCGGAAAAGCAAUGGAGGACAAAACUUUGUCUGUCCCUGAAGACUGCCCUUUGCCAGGAUCAGGAGUUCAGGGCCCAAUGCCACACACCAUGAUUGGAUAUGCUGCAUUUCCUUUAAAAACUUAUUUAAUGAGACCUUUUCCUGGGAAUAGAAUUCCACGAUGGAGAAGAAUUUUCAAUUACAGACUGUCAAGGGCAAGGAUGGUUGUGGAGUGUGCUUUUGGCAUUCUAUCAUCCAGGUGGAGGGUACUCCAUACGAGGAUGAAUGUCAAGCCAGAAAAUGCUGACUCUAUAGUGACUGCUGCAUGCAUCCUUCACAAUUUACUCAUUAAUCCAUCACAAAAUCAAAGAUGGCUUGAUGAGGCUGAAGAAAGAGGGGGGGUGCUACCACCUGUUAGAAAUAUGGGUGGAAAUAGAGGAAGCAGAUAUGCUUAUGAUGUGCGUGAGAAGCUCUGCACGUUUUUCUGCUCACCUGAAGGUAGAGUGUCCUGGCAAGACAAUAUGGUCUAG